AUGAUAUUAAUUUUCAUCAUCGGCGGAGUUCGCUCUUACACGGACACGUCAAAUUUCACAUUCAAACAUCAUUCGAACGAGGAAUUGCCCAUAAUAUUGCGUGAAAUACAUUCCAUGUGUCCAAACAUAACGAGAGUAUAUACCCUCUCCGAACCUUCCGUCUUGGGCGAACCUUUGUACGUCAUUGAAUUCUCCGAAAAUCCCGGAUACCAUCAACUUCUUCGUCCGGAGUUUAAAUACAUAGCCAACAUGCACGGUAACGAAGUGUUAGGACGAGAACUCUUACUUAAACUCGCGGAUCAUUUAUGCGAACAAUGGAGAACGAACAACGAAGACGUUCGUAAACUCAUACGUUUGACGAGGAUACAUUUAAUGCCGUCGAUGAAUCCAGACGGUUACGAAUUAGCAUCCAAAACGUACAACAGCGGAGUCGCCGAUUACCUCAUAGGAAGGCCGAAUAAUAAUUCGAUAGAUUUGAAUAGAAAUUUCCCGGAUUUGGAUAGAAUCAUGUUUGGAAACGAAGAACAUCACAUCAAUCACAACAAUCAUUUGAUGGAACAAUUGGAUUAUCUGGAAGAACCGAUUCAACCGGAAACGAAAGCCGUCAUGAGACUCAUUAUGCAAGUACCGUUCGUUCUUUCUGCGAAUCUUCACGGUGGUGAUUUAGUCGCAAAUUAUCCAUACGAUACAAGUAGAUCUGGAGCCGUUAAAGAAUAUUCGAAAAGUCCAGAUGAUGAAACGUUCAAGCAUUUGGCAUUGUCGUACGCGUCGAAACACAACGAAAUGUCGAAUCCCAAUCGAAAAGGUUGCGGAUUCGACGAGUAUAAUUUCGGAAAGCAAAAAGGUAUAACGAACGGUGCCGCCUGGUACAGCGUCAAAGGUGGUAUGCAAGAUUUCAAUUACCUCUCGUCGAACGAUUUUGAAAUAACGCUGGAAUUAGGCUGUGAAAAAUAUCCGUCGGAAAACACGCUGGAAAAAGAAUGGGAAAAAAACAAAGAUGCAUUGAUCAAUUACAUAUGGCAGUCUCACAUCGGUAUGAAAGGUCUCGUCGUGGAUGCGUUCACUGGUAAACAUUUAUCGAACGCCAUCAUUCACGUUAAAAAUUUAACAAACGGUAAAGAUUCGGAAAUACAACAUGACGUCACGUCAGUUCACGGAGGUGAUUACUGGAGACUUUUGACACCCGGUGAAUAUUUCGUCACGGCUCAACACAUCGGUUAUCUACCCGUUAGUAAAAGAGUGACCAUCGUCGACAAGGGUCACGAAGAAGCCGAACGAGUGGAUUUUUAUUUGCAACCUUUGCCGUCGUUGAAUUUGAAUUCAUUAAAUUCUCUAUCCGAUGAAAAUCUAGAUUACGACGGUUUCUAUCAGGAAGAUUCUAGAAAUUUACGUAAGAGAUGGUUUUCCGGUUUGAACGUGUACAAACGUUCGAUAUCGAAUCGCAUAAGUAGGCUCGCAUCGUAA